GUCCGGUGCGUAAAGAGCGCACAGGAAGCGCGCAGUGGAGUUGUGCACCGGAUUAGUCUUUAGUGAUUCCUCUGUCCGUAUAAUCUGCGCUGCUCUCUCCAUGAAGUUUGGUUCUUCUCGGUGAGUUCUUCGCCAUGAGCUGCCUGGAUGUGAUGUACCAAGUGUUCGGUCCUCAGCCUUAUUUCAGCUCCUACAGUCCCUACCACCACCAGAAGCUGGCUUUGUAUUCUAAAAUGCAAGACCCUCAGGAGAUCAGCAGCCGGCUCGGCCCCUCGGGGCCCCCGACGAUCAAAGAGGAGGACAAGGAGCUGCCGCCGGGUGCCGAGUACCUGAGCUCCCGUUGCGUACUCUUCACCUACUUCCAGGGUGACAUCAGCACGGUGGUGGACGAGCAUUUCAGCCGAGCCCUCAGCCAGACGACUGUGUACCCGCCGCCGAGCGGACACAAGGCUGCAAGAGAUGGAUCGUUUCCUAUGAGUCAGAGAAGUUUCCCUCCAUCGUUUUGGAACAGCUCCUACCAGCCCUCAGUCUCCUCUACGCUGGGCAGCGCUCUGUCUGCCCCCCACUCAGAGAUCUCCUUCCCAGGGGACCCUUACUCCUCCACCUCCCUGCACAGCCACCUGCACCAGCCCAGCCCUGACACCUGGCACCCAUCACACCACCACCACCACCAUCAUCACCACCCUUACUCGCUAGGGGGCGCCAUAAGCACUCAGAGCUCGCCCUACACUCGUCCCGGAGUUCACGAGAUGUACGGCGCGACGUUCGACCCGAGGUACGGCUCUCUGCUGGUGCCGUCGGUGAGGUCGCAUCACAGGCUGUCGUCUGGCAGCUCCGUGCCGGGAACCAGCACCUCGCCGUGUGACCUGGGGGGAAAGGGGGAGUCAGGGACGGGGUCGGCGUGGAGCGGUGCCUUCACUGGAGCCGGAGCAGAGAUCGGACUCAACAUAGACACAGGUCUGCAGGCGCAGGAUAAGAGCAAGGAUUUGUACUGGUUUUAGAGAGCGCUCAGACUCUUCCUCACCUUCCUCUUUCUGUUUUGGCUUUUUGUCUCCGUUCCAACUCUACUCUAAGAAACUGAGGCGGGAAUCAGUUUUUUUUGUGUUUUUUUGGGGGGGUAUAACAGCUUCUGGUCUGCUUGCAGCUCUGCGUUACGGUGGACUGUGCAGCAGCAGCAGCAGUGAAGUGCAGUCCUGCUGAGCUGAACGCCGGCAGCAUGGAUGCAAAGCAAGCGUUAAAACAAAAGUGGACUCUCAGAAAGCCAGGAGGGAAUCCGAUCUGGACCGAUACGGACAAAGACAAGAGUCUGUGGUGCUGUGACAGACAGGGACUACAUUCCUAAGCUGGAAAGAAACGUCUGGGGGACAGACGGACAGAGACACAUGUGGAGUCACACUCCAAGAGGAGCUCUCGAAGGACUUGGCAGAACCUUCCAACUUGGGCCAACUGGGCUCAGACGCUGGAAGUGUGUUAUGACUGGUGGUAAAAUCUGUGCUGGUGAUCAGGAGAGGAUCUGGCAGACGAUAAAAGCAGAAGUAGUCUGGACACUUUGCCGUUUGGGGAGUCACCUUCCAAUUGGACAUAUCAGCUCAAUGUUGAUUGCAAAAUUGGGAUUUGUUGGACUUUUUACUGAUUUCUGAAGUACUUUCAACCAUGACUGCAACAACAAACCUCAUCAGAGGCCUCACUGUAUGACCCAUAAACCCUCUAAGAAGGUUUGAAAAUGGCAUCACGAUAAAGCAUGCUAACUGUAAAUCCUAUCUCAUGCCCUGUAAAUUGACAUUGUCUUUAAUGGUAUUGCACAAAGUAAAUAAAUUUCAGAGUUAAAGAUUCAGAGAUUUCCGCAA